UCUACUACUAGCCCUUGCAUGGAUACGCAUAAUCAUCAUGUUCCCUUGUACUUGUGGCUUUCCAUUGUCACAGUCGCAAGCCUUGCCAUAGUCUCAACCUUGGCUCAUGAAUCCAACAAUUAUAUCAUCCACAUGGAUUCAUCAUUUAUGCCCAAAGCCUUUGCUGAUCACCAUUCUUGGUACUUGUCCACAGUGGACUCUGUACUAUCCACUUCUUCUAUCUCUUCUAAGCUCAUAUAUAGCUACACUCAUGUCUUACACGGGUUCAGUGCAAGUCUCUCUGUUCCUGAGUUGGAGGCCUUAAAAACUUAUCCAGGGUACAUAUCUUCUGUUAGAGACUUGCCUGUAAAGCCGGACACGACUCACUCCUCCCAGUUUCUUGGCCUCAACUCCAAAGCAGGAGCAUGGCCGGUUUCCAAUUAUGGCAAAGGCAUCAUUAUUGGUUUGGUGGACACUGGGGUUUGGCCAGAAAGCGAAAGUUUUAACGAUGCUGGAAUGUCAGAAAUCCCACCAAGAUGGAAAGGAGACUGUGAAAGUGGAAUGCAAUUCAGCUCUUCACUAUGCAACAAAAAGCUCAUUGGGGCAAGGUUCUUCAACAAAGGAAUCGUAGCACAAAACCCCAAUGUGACAUUUUCUAUGAACUCCACAAGAGACACUGACGGCCAUGGGACACACACCUCCUCCACGGCUGCUGGAAACUAUGUAGCUGGGGCAUCGUACUUUGGUUAUGCCCCGGGAACUGCCAGCGGGAUGGCGCCUCGGGCGCAUGUGGCCAUGUAUAAGGCUUUGUGGGACGAGGGUGGCUUAUCAUCUGACAUAAUUGCUGCCAUCGAACAAGCAGUUGUGGACGGUGUGGAUGUGUUAUCCCUAUCGUUCGGAUUAGAUGGCGUUGCGCUGUACGAGGACCCUGUUGCCAUAGCCACAUUUGCAGCCAUGAAGAAGGGCGUCUUUGUUUCCACAUCGGCAGGAAAUGAAGGACCUUUCUAUGGUAGUUUGCAUAAUGGAAUCCCUUGGGUUCUAACAGUUGCGGCUAGUACCAUUGAUCGUGACUUUCGAGGAACUGCACACCUUGGAAAUGGAGAAUCCGUAACAGGGAUGACUCUUUUUCCAGGGGUUAAUACGUCUUCAUCUGCAAUCCCAGUUGUCUUCAUGAAUGCAUGUGGUUUGAAGAUGUUGAACAAGGUUGGGAAGAAGAUCGUUGUGUGCCAAGACAACAGUUCCAUUGAGGAACAAUAUGUUGCUGUUCAAGAUGCAAAGGUUGCCGGAGGUAUUUUCAUUACCAACAACACCGACCUGGAAUUGUUCCUCCAGAGCCAAUUUCCCUCACUUUUCUUGAGUUCAAAGGAAGGUGAAACUAUCAAGGACUACAUCAAGAGUAACUCUAACCCGAAAGUAAGCUUGGAGUAUCAAAAAACACUUCUUGGUGCGAGACCAGCACCCGCUGUGACUAGUUACACAUCUAGAGGUCCAUCUUUCAGCUUUCCCUUUACUCUGAAGCCAGACAUUGCGGCUCCUGGCUCACUAAUCCUCGCUGCAUGGCCUCAAAACCUUUCGGUGGUGAUGCUUAACAACAAACAGGUCUUGUUUAACGAGUUCAAUUUGUUGUCGGGAACAUCCAUGGCGUGCCCUCAUGCAGCUGGGUUAGCCGCGCUUGUGAAAGCUGCACAUCCUCAAUGGAGCCCUGCAGCUAUCAGAUCAGCUAUGAUGACUACUUCGGACAUCAAUGAUAACACCCUUAGCCCCAUCAAGGACAUUGGCGACGAUUUGCGGCCGGCUAGUCCUCUUGCCACGGGAGCAGGUCAUGUCAAUCCCAACAAGGCCCUCAACCCGGGACUCAUAUACGACGCGACCAUAGAUGAUUAUGUGAACCUUCUUUGUGCACUAAACUACACCCAGAAACAAAUCCAAAUUAUAACCGUAUCAGCCUCGAACAAUUGUUCAACCCCAUCAUUAGAUCUUAAUUACCCAUCGUUCAUUGCAUUUUUCAAUGUCAACGAUUCAAAGCCGGGCGUAGAAAUCACUCAAGAGUUCCGAAGGACAGUGACCAAUGUAGGAAAGGCGCAGUCGACAUACGUAGCAAGCGUGACAGCAUUGAAGGGGUUUGAGGUUGGCGUCGUUCCGAACAAAUUGGUUUUCAAGAGGGAAGGUGAGAAGCUGAGCUUUAAGUUGAGUAUAAGAGGUCGGAGACUGAUGAAAGAGAUCGAGGCUUUUGGUUACCUGACUUGGGUGGACAGUGAAGGUGAUCAUGUAGUAAGAAGCCCCAUUGUGGCCACUAGACUCAGCUCGGAUGUUGUUGUGUCACGCAACCACUAGCUACAGUAGUAUGUGGUUCGACUCCAUUACUUCCAUCUGCUGAGUCGAAAUAAAUAUUAUUUCACAUAGGAUCAGGCUUCGCUGAAAUCAUGCAGACUAUAGGCAACUAUUUUAUGUGGAAUUGUUAGUGUUAACGUAGUCAAGUGAAUGUAUCAUUGGA